CAUGGUAUUGACACAAGUGUGAAAAUGAUUGUAGAAAUCUUGGUCUAAUUGAGAUAAUGAAUUGAUGAAUGUAUGAAUCUAUUUAUGAAUGCCCUUCUCUCUCAGUUUAAUGGGCUGUAAUGUGAUGUUUUCUGUCUCAGUGUCUGAAGUCCAGGCUGUUUUUCCUGAACCAGUGACCAGAGAGGAGUUCUCACAGUACUCCUGUCACUUCACACUGGAUCCAAACACAGCAAACAGAGAACUCCAUCUGUCUGAGGGGAACAGGAGGGUGGAGAAGAGAGAUGAGGUCCAGUCAUAUCCUGAUCAUCCAGAGAGAUUUGAUAAGUGGCAGCAGGUGCUGUGUAGAGAGGGUGUGUCUGGACGCUGCUACUGGGAGGUUGAGAGGAGUGGGGAGCUGGUUAUGAUAUCAGUCUCAUAUAAAAGCAUCAGCAGGAGAGGAAGGGGUAAUGAGUGUGGGUUUGGAUGUAAUGAUCACUCCUGGAGUCUGAUCCUGCGCAGCAGCAGCUCCUAUUUCAGACACAAUAAUAAAGACACUAAACUCCCUCUAGUGGCCAGCUCCAGAAUAGGAGUGUAUGUGGAUCACAGGGCAGGAACUCUGGCCUUCUACAGCAUCUCUGACACAAUCACCCUCCUGCACAGAGUCCAGACCACAUUCACUCACACACUCUACCCUGGGUUUUAUCUAGGUUUAAGAUCAUCGGUGAAGCUGCUGUGACUGACAAGUCUAGAUGCUGUUAGCACAUAUAUCUCACACAAUACUUCAUUUAACACAUCACUCACACGUAAG